AUGUCCGAAUACGUUUUUUCAUAUGUGAGAAGAGAAACAAAAGUCUUUGAUACUAGUCACGAGAACAUCCAAGUAAUGAUCGAAGGAAUAAAUAGUGAUAUCGCGAUGGUUUUUCUUGUAUAUAAAAAUGAUAAUCCGGAUGAGUCAACGAAGGUAGUUUUUAUGAAUGCGACGGCUGAAGAAAAAAUAGAACCUGUACGUGUCAAGGAUAGAGAAAGCUAUCUUGUAACUUGGAUAAAUAACUAUGAAUUAUCUGUGGAUG